AUGCCAAAUCAGGUGGUAGAAACGUUUAACCUUCAUUUGCUCGAUUCGAAUAAUAUGAUAAAGUCUGUUCUAAUUUUCAACAACCAUGGAAAACCUCGUCUUACAAAGUUUUAUCAGCAAAUUGAUAUAGCGACACAACAAGCCCUAAUACAAGAAAUCUUUUCUCUUGUAUCGAAACGCCCAGACACUGUAUGUAACUUCCUCGAGGGAAGUCAAAUGUUAGGAGGCAAAGACACUCGCAUUAUCUACCGGCAUUACGCCACACUAUACUUUGUUUUUGUGGUGGACGAGGCUGAAAGCGAACUAGGCAUUCUUGACUUAAUCCAGGUUUUCGUUGAAAGUUUAGAUCGAUGUUUCGAGAAUGUCUGCGAACUUGAUCUGAUAUUUCAUUUCGAAGAUGUUCACAACAUCUUGGCAGAAGUAAUCUCGGGUGGAAUGGUUUUAGAAACAAACCUCAUUGAAAUUGUCUCUGCCGUGAACGAAGCAAAUAAACUCAAAAAACGAACGGGAACUAUGGCUACAAUAGCCGGAAGUGGCGCCGGAGCUGCUGCUCGAGAUCUUGGUGCAAAUCUGGCUAACACGGUUACCAAUACGCUGCAGAGUACUGUGAGCGCUACAUUUCGGAGGUCUGGUUUCUAG